AUGGGACGUGUAGCAGGCCAACGCGCAAGCGCAGUACUAUCUGUGUUCUAGCUGUCGCCGGUCACUUUCUAGAGGUAGCCGUGUGCUCUUUGUGGGGACCAGGCUGAGGCGUGAGGACACUGGACUGCCGUGCCCAGGUCACCAUGGGUACUGGAAGGAUAGCCACCCAGCUGUGGACCAAGGAGUCCCUGGGGUCAGUGGCGUUCAGGGAUGUGAUUGUGGACUUCAGCCAGGAGGAGUGGCAGCAGCUGAAGCCUGCACAGAAGGACCUGUACAGGGAUGUGAUGAUGGAAAUCUACUGGAACUUGGUCUCACUGGACUUGGAGACUGAAGGGGACAUGAAUGAACCAGAUCCAGAGAAGGACUCUUGGGAAGACAGAACAUCCAUUGUGGUGGCGGAAGGACUUAUGAGGAAUGGAGCUCAGGGUUAUGCCUGUGAAAAAGCAGGGAUACAGGGGUACAGGGUGGGGCAACAACACAGGAGCACGGGGACCUGUCAAAGGCAUUUGGACAUGUCCCCAGUGUUAGCUCCUGAGUGUUGUGUAUUUAAUGCAUUCAUCCACCGGAGCCCCAUGCCAGCCUCACCAAGAGGAGCAGGGGCACACUGUUUCACCACGUGUGGGAAGAACUCAGGUACUUCCAGCCUCAGUCCUCCCUCCCAACUUUGUGCAGAGAUGACAUACAAGUGGGGACACUGUGACAAGGGUUUCAGCUAUAGUUCAUCCCUGGGGAAACACCAACAAAUCCACACUGGGGAGAAGCCAUAUAUGUGUGGGGUGUGCAGCAAGUCCUUUAGCCAGGAGGAUAACCUCAUCCUACACCAGAGGACGCACACCAGGGAGAAGCCAUAUGUGUGCAGGGAGUGCGGCAAGGCAUUCAGAUGGAAUAGUCACUUCAUCAAGCAUCUGAGCAUGCACUCCGGGGAGAUGCAGUACAUGUGUGGGGAUUGUGGCAAGGCCUUCAGGAAGAGAAAGUACCUUGUCCAGCAUGAGAGGACACACACUGGGGAGAAGCCAUAUGUGUGUGUGGACUGUGGGAAGGCAUUCAGUAAGAAAUCAAGCCUCAAUUUGCAUCAGCGGAUGCACACCGGGGAGAAACCAUACUCAUGUGGGGAUUGUGGUAAGGCCUUCACACAAAAAUCAAUCCUAUGUGUGCAUCAAAGGACACACACUGGGGAGAAACCUUAUGCGUGCAGGGUCUGCGGUAAGGCCUUCAGAGAGAAUAGGCACCUCAUUGAGCAUCAGAGGUUACACACUGGAGAGAAGCCAUAUGUGUGCGGGGACUGCGGCAAAGUCUUCAGCAGGAAAUCGACUCAGUAUGCCCAUCAAAGGACACACAUCAGAGAGAAGCCACACGUGUGUGGGGAUUGUGGCAAGGGCUUCAGCAGGAAAGGGUACCUCGUUCUGCAUGAGGGGACGCAUACUGGGAAGAAGCCAUAUGUGUGCGGAGACUGUGGCAAGGCCUUCACUGCAAAUGGCAGCCUCAUGGUGCAUCAGAGGAUGCACACUGGGGAGAAGCCUUACACGUGCAGUGACUGCGACAAGGCCUUCAGUCGGAGAAGGUACCUCAUCCUGCAUGAGAUGACACACACUGGGCAGAAGCCAUACUCCUGUGGGGACUGCAGCAAAGCCUUCAGCCAGAAAUGGAGCCUCUAUGUGCAUCAGAGGACGCACAGUGGGGAGAAGCCGUACACGUGCGGUGUCUGCGGCAAGGCCUUCAGCCAAAAAUCAAACCUGAUUGUGCACCAACAAAUCCACACUGGGGAGAAGCCAUAUAUGUGUGGGGUGUGCAGCAAGUCCUUUAGCCAGGAGGAUAACCUCAUCCUACACCAGAGGACGCACACCAGGGAGAAGCCAUAUGUGUGCAGGGAGUGCGGCAAGGCCUUCAGGAAGAGAAAGUACCUUGUCCAGCAUGAGAGGACACACACUGGGGAGAAACCAUAUGUGUGUGUGGACUGUGGGAAGGCAUUCAGUCAGAAAUUGAGACUUAAUUUGCAUGAGAGGACACACACUGGGGAGAAGCCAUAUAUGUGCAAGGACUGCAGCAAGGCCUUCGGGAAGAAGUCGAGCCUCAAUUUGCAUGAGAGGACUCACACUGGGGAGAAGCCUUAUGCGUGCAGCAUCUGUGAUAAAGCCUUCAGGGAGAAUAGGCACCUCAGUCAACAUCAGAGGUUGCACACAGGAGAGAAACUGUACAUGUGCGGGGACUGUGGCAAGGCCUUCACUGUGAACAGCAGCCUCAUGGUGCAUCAGAGGACGCACACUGGGAAGAAGCCAUAUGUGUGUGUGGACUGUGGCCAGGCCUUCACUGCAAACAGGACCGUCAUCUUGCAUCAGAGGAUGCAUACUGGGGAGGAGCCUUACACAUGUAACGACUGCAGCAAGGCCUUCAGCCGGAAAAGUUACCUCAUUGUGCAUGAGAUGACGCACACUGGAGAGAAGCCAUACUCCUGUGGGGACUGCAGCAAAGCCUUCAGCCAGAAGUGGAACCUCUAUAUGCAUCAGAGGAUGCAUACUGGGGAGAAGCCGUACAUUGUGGAGACUGAAACAACGCCUUCAGAGAUAAUAGGUACCUCAUGGAGCAUCAGAGGACGCACAGUGUGGAGAAGCCUUAUGUAUGCUGAGACUGCGGCAAGGCCUUCAGAGAGAAUAGGCACCUCAUCAAGCAUCAGAUGAUGCAUAGUGGGGAGAAGCCGUAUGUGUGCGGGGACUGUGGCAAGACCUUCAGAGAAAACAGGCACCUCAUUGACCAUCAGAGGAUGCACACCGGCGAAAAGCAAUACAGGUGUGUGGACUGUGGCAGGCCUUCAGCAAUAAGUGUAGCCUCGUUAAGCAUAACAGGAUGCACACCGGAGAGAAGCUGUAUGUGUGUGGGUACUGCAGCAAGGCCUUCAGCAGGAAGUGGUAUCUCACUGGGCAUCAGAGGAUGCACACCGGUGAGAAGCCAUAUUUGUGUGGGAAGUGUGGCAAGGCUUUCAGCUGGAAGUCUAUCUUCACUGUGCAUAAGAGGACACAUAGUGGGGCAAAGCCAUAUGUGUGCCGGGACUGUGGCAAGGCCUUCAGCCAAAAAUCAAACCUCACUGUGCAUCAAAGGACACAUACCAAGGAGGAGCCAUACACGUGAGGGUAGUCUGGCAAGGCAUUUAGCAAGAACUCCUCAUUCAGGCAGCACAGGCACCAGACACUAGGAAAUAGCAUUGCUAGUGCUCCAUCUGCCAGAAGGACUUCAUGACAUUCUCAUCCCUACAGAAUAUCCUCACCAGAUCCCUGUGGAGAAGCUUUAUAAGUGCAGCCAAUGUGUACAAAGCUUCAUAAGGAACCUUUGCUCCCUGUUCACGGGAGGGUGGUUUGGGAGACAAGCCCUACGAGAAUGGUAAGUAUAGGAAAACCUUCAGCAGGAAUUUCUGCCUCAUGUUGCACAUAGCAUGGAAUUGGGGGAUCUUAGAAUCCAAACCCAACUGGUGGGUCCUGAGCCCAUGGGCCAGUGCCAGACUUGGUAUUGGAGCCCAUGGGUAGGACACAAGAGAAGUCCUGAUCAGACUUGUCUUAGGAAUAUGGGCAGUGAAGAUGGUGCCAGGGGAGCCAAGGGACCUGUCUGGGGCAUUUGGACAUAUACCAAGCAUUAGUCCCUGAUAGUUGUGAAUUUAAGGCAUUCAUUCAACAAAGCCCCAUGCUGGCCCCAGCAAGAUCAGAGGGAUGGAAAGGACCGGGAAUGCACCCGUUCACCAUGUGUAGGAAGGACUCAGGGGCUUCAAUCCUCUGUCCUCCCUCAAAAUCUAUUGUAGAGAAGAAGCCCUAUGAAUGAGCAGACUGUGACAAGGCUUUCAGGUGUUGCUGGUCUCCAAAGGAGAAGCAAGGAAUCCAUACCAGGAAGCAACCCCAAUGCUGCAACAUGAGUGGAAAGCAGUUCAGUUUUUAGUCGUAUAUCACCAUCCACCAGCAGGUACACACCAUGGAGAAGCCAUACCUGUGUAGGGACUUUGGCAGGGUCUUCGCACGUUAAAAAAGCCGCAUCAGUCACCACAGGAUGCACACUGGGGAGAAGCUGUAUGCAUGUGGAGACUGCAGCAAGGUCUUCAUCCAGAAAGGGAAUCUCAUCAGACACCAGAGGACUUAACACUGGGGAGAAGCCAUAUGUGUGCCAGGACUGUGGCAAGGCCUUCACUGCAAAUAGUAGCCUCAUGGUGCAUCAGAGGAUGCACAAUGGGGAGAAACCUUACAUGUGUGGGGACUGUGGCAAGGCCUUCACCCAGAAACUGUACCCCAUCACACACCAGAGGACACUGGGGAGAGGCUGUAUUUGUGCCAGGCUGUAGCAAAUCUUCAUGCAGAACAGGAGCCUCAUUGUACAUCAGAGGACACAUACCAGAGUGAAACCUUAUGCAUGUGGGGACUGUGGUAAAGCCUUCAGACUAAAUAGGAGCCUCAUCAUGCACCAGAGGAUGCACUUGGGGGAGAAACCAUAUGCAUGCCAGGUCUGUGGCAAGACUUUUACCCAGAAAGAGUACCUCAUCACACACCAGAGGACAUACCAGGCAGAAUCCCUACAUGUGUGGCCAGUGUGAAAAGGCCUUCAGCCAAAACACGUCUCUCAGGAAGCACCGACGCAUGCACACUGGGGAGAAAUCCUACAAGUGCAGCCAAUGUUGCAAGGCCUUUAGCAAGAACCACUCUCUUAGGAAGCACAGGCAUGUGCGCAUUGAGGAGCACCCUACCAGUGCUCCAUCUUCCAGAAGUGCUUCAUGAAUGCUCAUCCCUGCAAGAGCAGCAGAACAACGACACAUUGGAGAAGCCCUAUAAGGGUAGUCAGUGCUACAAAGCCUUCGUCAAGAACAUCUUGCUCCCCGUCCACCAGAGGUUCCAUGUGAGACAAGCCUUAUGAGUGUGGCAAGUGCGAGAAAACUUUCAGCAGGAACUUCCAUCUCACAUGACACCAGAGGAGGAUGCACAUGUAGCAGGUGUGUGUGAGAUCUCAGAGUCCAUACCCGUCAGACAGUUCAUGAGCGUGGGGGCCAGUGCUAGACUCGACAUUGGAGCCCACAGGUAAAUGCAAGGGAACUUCUGCCCAGAGAGAUCUGAGGACUGUGGGCUGUGGGGUCAGUCCAUGCCAUGCUCACCAGUUGCUUCCAGAGCAUCCACAGGGCUGUGUGGAAAGCAAGUCCCCAUACAGGUCUAGUAUCUGGGAGCAUGGCCAGGGGCACUGUGGCUCCAGACUGAACUGAACUGGAAUACUCCUAUGAGAUUGGACAAGGCAUUUAGUGUCUCUGGAUCUUCAUCUCUUCAAUAGUAAAGUGGAAGAGGGGAGUAGAAAAGAAGAGGGGGAGGUGGGCUCCGUAGGGAUAUUAUCAGUUUGUCACACAUGCUGGAUGUAGUCCAGAGAUCAGAUUGUUGCCAUCUCUGUGUUUUCUUGUUUUCCCUAAACACAGCCCCGUUUCCCUGCAAAAGCAGCUGGAAGGCUGCAAGCUCAUGAGCUGUAUGAACUACCAGGUGGUUCACACAGAGAAAAAAAUACUCUUUUUAUGAUUAGGAAGUAGCAGUUGUCACUUCAGAUACCAAAGUCUCUCAUAGUGGUCUCUAAAAUUAAAAAAUAAAUAAACAAAACUUAAAUAA